CACGGACAGACAAGGACGCUCCAGAGCCGCGAGCUGGAGACGGCGGUUCCCGAGACGGGCGCGAGCCUCCCUUUGACUCGCAUCUUCUUUAACGCUUCACAUUCACCUGGAAGAGCGAGCCACGCGCACACCGGGAGGAUUUCACAUUUGGAAAAUUGCCCAACUUUUUUUUUAUUUUUACUUGAAGGCAAAUCUGAGAAUUGGUGGAAUUAAAACAAACAAAUAAGUGAAAGAAGAAAAACAUCUGAAAGAAAACGGAUAUUUCUGUGAGAGGAGCGGAGGGAAGUUUCCAUUUGGAACACCGGGAGAAUAGUCGGGAUUUCUGGAACUCCUCUCGGAGUUUUCCUCUUCUGUUUACUCCAGAAGCCUGAUGUGUAUUUUGCUCAGUGAGCAAAUAAUGCGUGUAGUGGACUAAAGCCGGGACUUGAUGCCUUUAGGAAUUGGUAACGGCACCGUGAACGCACAGCGCGCUGACCAGACGCAUCAAAUGGACUGCUAACUUACGCAAGGUUCUUGUGAAUCUCUGGGUCGACUCAGCCAUGGGCCUAUCGCUGGAUCUUUGAGGGGAACCAGACUUCUCCACCCUUCUCCUCCUCCUCACUGUCUACCUCCUCCACCUUUUUAUUCCUUUCUUUUUUUAAUCUGCAGAGCUGGAAGUUGACUCAAACAAAGCCAGAGACCUGCAAUACUGUCUGCUUUCUUUUAACGAUAAAUCAUGACAAACAUUUUGUGUUUUCCUGGCCAAACAAGGUGGCCUCUUCCAGUGCUGCUCUUGUAUUUUGUGUCAGUUCUCCUUAUGAAGGGUCGGUGUCAUGCAGCCCCCUCUGGCCCAGAGUCAGAUUCCUGUUCCACCUUAAUCCAGAGCCGCUUCUUUGGCUUCUUUCUGUCUUCGUCAGUGUUCCCCACCGUGCCUUGUUCCUGGACCCUACAGAACCCAGACCCACGACGAUAUACCAUCUUUAUCAAGGUCACCAAACCUACAGAGGACUGUGUGCCAUCACAGCUCCGCACAUUCCAGUACGAUUCCUUCCUGGAGACCACACGCACCUACCUGGGCAUGGAGAGUUUCGAUGAGGUGGUGAGGCUGUGUGAUACCUCUGUCUCCGUGGCCUUCCUGGAGGCUGGGAAGCAGUUCUUACAAAUGAGGAAGGGACUUCCAUGGGCGGGCACACCAAUCACAAGUGCUAGUGGGGACUUCAAAACGGAGUACCUAGUGGUGGGGAAGCGCAACCCCAGCAUGGCAGCCUGUCAGAUGCUGUGCCAGUGGCUGGAAGACUGCUUGGCCUCCAGCACAUCUAACAGACCCUGUGGCAUCAUGCAGACCCCAUGUUUGUGCUGGGACCCUCCUUCACAGAUCAGUGAGGGUGACAGCUGCUACCACAAUGGAGUUUAUCUGGAAAACUGUUUACCCAGCAUUAAAGACAGUGGAAAAGAUUCUGAGAUAAGUGGUGGCUGGAGUGUGUGGGGCCAGUGGGUGCAGUGCAGCAGCGAGUGCGGAGGCGGGAUCCAAACCCGGACUCGGACCUGUCAGUCACCCCCAGAGGAGUCAUUUCUGUGUGAGGGUGUCGUAGAGGAGGGCCGGCCCUGCAACUCUCAGUCCUGCACAGGCAAAGGUCGCCAUCUCUCUCGCAGCCAAUCGCUUCGCUCUGUGGACAGUCGCAAGCGUGAUGAUGCAGAGAAGCCCCGCAGUGGACCAAAGAGCCCUCAGACAGAAGACUCAGUUUCAGGUGAUGAGUGGUCACCGUGGAGUGUGUGUUCUGCCACGUGUGGGGAGGGCUGGCAGAGUCGCACUCGUUUCUGUGUGUCCUCCUCCUACAGCACCCAGUGCAGUGGGCCACUGCGAGAGCAGAGACCUUGCAACAACUCUGCUGUUUGUCCAGUGCACGGCGUGUGGGACGAGUGGUCUCCCUGGAGUUUGUGUUCGUCCACCUGUGGCCGAGGUUACAGAGCCCGAACACGAACCUGUGCACCCCCACAGUUUGGGGGGGAUCCCUGUGAGGGUCCAGAGAAACAGACCAAAUUCUGCAAUAUCGCUGUCUGUCCAGUGGAUGGCGUCUGGAACGAGUGGUCCAGCUGGAGCUCCUGCUCUGCUUCUUGUUCUAAUGGGACCAUGCAGAGAACCAGGGAGUGCAACGGCCCCUCGUAUGGAGGCUCUGAGUGCAGGGGAGAGUGGCUGGAGACUGUCGACUGCUUCCUUGGGGAGUGUCCGGUGGAUGGCAAGUGGCAGCCAUGGUCCUUGUGGUCUGGUUGCAGUAAAACGUGUGGAGGGGGGAGCCAGCAGAGGACCAGAAUUUGUUACGGGCCUUUUUUUGAAGGACAGCCUUGUCCUGGAGAACGUGAAGAAGUUCGCAGCUGUAAUGAAAAGAAAUGCCCAGAACCACAUGAAAUAUGUGCGGAGGACAAUUUUGCCAACGUUGUGUGGAAAAUUACUCCCGCUGGGGAUACAGCAGCUGUACGCUGUCCUCCCAACGCCAUGGGGCUUAUCCUGCGGCGCUGUACAUUGGAUGAGGAGGGCAUCGCCUACUGGGAGAAUCCCACUUAUAUGAAAUGCAUUUCCAAUGACUAUCGCAGUAUACAAACCUUAACUCGGGAACACCUGUCCAAAGCUCAGCGAGGCCUUGUGGGAGAUGGAGUUUCAGAGGUGAUGACCAAGUUAAGGGUCACAUCCAGCGAUGGGACCAGCUACAGCGGGGACCUGCUGGCCAUGUUGGAUGUGCUGAAGAACAUGACAGAGAUUUUCAGGAGGGCUUACUACAGCCCCAGCAGUGGCGACAUGAGGAACUUUGUGCAGUCUGUGAGCAAUCUCUUGAUGGAAGAGAACAAAGAUCGAUGGGAAGAAGCACAGCUGCUGGGGCCCAACAUCAAAGAACUGUUUCGUCUGGUGGAAGACUUUGUGGAUGUCAUCGGCCUGAGGAUGAAAGAUUUUCAAGACAUGUAUGAAGUCACCGAUAACCUAGUUUUGAGCAUCCACAAGCGACCAGUGAUGGGUCAUGCUGACAUCAACUUCCCAAUGAAAGGGUGGAGGGGUAUGGUGGACUGGGCUCGCAGCUCUGAGGACAGAGUCAGCAUCCCGAAGAACAUCCUGUCCACUGGCAAGCCAGAUGCAGACGACUCCUCCACCUUUGUUACUGGCGUCGUCCUGUACAGAAACCUGGGCAGCAUCUUGUCUCUGCAGAGAAACGGCACCGUCCUCAACUCCAAAGUUUUGUCAGUGACCAUCAAGCCCACUCCUGCCUCCCUCUCAGCUCCUGUUGUGGUUGAGUUCUCUCAUCUUUACAACGGCACCACCAACCAGACAUGUAUAUCCUGGGAUGAGAGUGACAGCUCUUCUCUGCUGGGAUCCUGGUCUGCCAGGGGCUGCAAAGCCGUGCUUGUCGACUCAUUCAGAACCAAAUGCGUGUGUGACAGACUGUCCACCUUCGCCAUUUUAGCACGGCUAAAUCCCGAAAUGAACAUGGAUAAAACGCAGCUUCCAUCUGUGACUCUCAUCGUGGGCUGUGGAGUGUCUUCGCUUACACUGCUGCUGCUCAUCAUCAUCUACGUGUCAGUGUGGAGGUACAUCCGGUCGGAGCGCUCUGUCAUCCUCAUUAACUUUUGCCUCUCCAUUAUCUCCUCCAACGCCCUUAUUCUCAUUGGACAGACGCAGACAAGGAAUAAGGUCUUAUGCACCCUGAUCGCAGCGUUCCUUCAUUUCUUCUUCCUGUCUUCGUUCUGCUGGGUUCUGACGGAGGCGUGGCAGUCGUAUAUGGCCGUGACGGGUCGCCUCAGGAACCGCAUCAUACGCAAGCGUUUCCUGUGUCUUGGCUGGGGUCUCCCUGCUCUCGUAGUCGCGAUCUCGGUGGGAUUCACCAAGGCAAAGGGAUACGGAACACCAAGCUACUGCUGGCUGUCUUUGGAAGGAGGUCUUCUCUAUGCAUUUGUCGGACCUGCUGCAGCUGUAGUCUUGGUUAACAUGGUUAUUGGGAUUCUCGUUUUUAACAAACUGGUGUCCAAAGACGGCAUUACUGAUAUGAAACUAAAGGAGAGGGCGGGUCAGAUGACAGUGCCACUGUACAAUAUGACGCUCAAAUGUGCCAAGUGCGGAGUUAUCUCUUCGGCUGACGUUUCCACCACAGCUACCAGUAACGCCAUGGCGUCCCUGUGGAGUUCCUGUGUGGUUUUGCCACUCCUGGCCCUCACUUGGAUGUCAGCUGUCCUAGCCAUCACCGACCGGCGUUCUGCACUUUUCCAGAUCCUUUUUGCAGUAUUUGAUUCCCUGGAAGGCUUCGUUAUUGUCAUGGUUCACUGCAUCCUGCGCAGAGAGGUUCAGGAGGCGGUGAAGUGUCGCGUGGUGGACCGGCAGGAAGACGCCAACGGGGACUCAGGAGGAUCUUUCCAAAACGGCCAUGCUCAGCUCAUGACUGACUUUGAGAAAGACGUAGACAUGGCUUGCAGAUCAGGUACAAUGAAGCGCUCAUCCCUGCAGGGGGAAGAAAAGGCCUCUUCUGGGACCCUCACUAAGGGUUCUAACUUUAACACCAUGCCGGCCAGCAUGGCUAAGGUUCACCUCCAGAACGUGGCUGACUACACCAGCCACACUCUAACUCUGCGACGGGAGAAAGGUGCCGCCAAGGGAAUCAGCACAGAGCUGCCAGGUGCCAAGUCCAUCUACAUCUGCGACGGUGAACUCUUCAAGCAGCUGGACGGAGACCUGCCUCGAGGGAACGGUGAGGGCAGCAGCUCUGAGGGCGCUGGCAAAGGCCCAGGUUACAUCAUUCUGCCAACCAACAACACAGGCACCCUGAAACCGUCCAAGGGGAAAGAGGAUCAGACAGCCAAAUAUAAUAUAGGCAUGGAGCAGCUGCCUCAGACCAGGCUCAUCCACCUGGCUAACCCUGCCAGCGGAGAGCCGGUGCCUGGCUUUGGGCUGAAGAGCCUGCCUUCUGACCAGGUCAGUGUGUCAUGCUCUGACAGAGACUCUCCUGCACACAACCUGCAGAACAUUACCAGAGACUCACAGGUGGCCAGCAACAUGUGUGACGGGGGAGAGUCGGGCAGCGGUGUAAUGUCCAAAAGUGAAACGGUCUCAACAUUGUCCAUGAGCUCAUUAGAGAGACGAAAAUCGCGCUAUGCAGAGCUUGACUUUGAGAAAAUAAUGCACACCCGGAAACGCCACCAGGACAUGUUUCAGGACCUCAACAGGAAGAUUCACAGUGCAGACAAGGAUAGAGAAUCUCCACCUGUUGAUGCCAAAGCUGCCAAAAGAUGGAGUGUGUCCUCUGCCAGCAGCGACAAGACCAACAUGAGUGACAAGCAGCAGACUCCAAGUAAGAGAGCGUGGGAGGGCAUCCGGAAGACCCACUCGCCCCCGGCCUGGGUGAGGAAGGAUCUGGAAAGUGUGGUGGCCUCCCCUCUGGAGCUGCAGACAGUGGAGUGGGAGAAGACCAGUGCCACCAUUCCUCUUGUGGGCCAGGAGAUCAUGGACCUGCAGACAGAAGUGUGAACCCUCCUCCCAAAUCUAAGCCUCACACCCUACAACUGCCCAUUUUCCCAGCAAACUAACACACCACACAUACACACACACACACACACACACACACACACACACACACACACACACACACACACACACACACUGCCCUGCUCUGUACAAAGGCUGGGUCAAGUCCUGUGUGAGAACAAGGAGGACGAGGAGAGGACAAGAUAUGAGAAAGCAAGUUAAAGAGAGAAGGGACCGUGGAGCCUCCUUCUAUGUUGUUUCAUUUGAUGUUUUGAUAUCAGCCAAAUACUGAUCAUCUUCUUGUCUAUGAUCUGCUGGCUCGUGUGGUGACCGAUGGCCAAAGUAGCAGAUGAAGCUACUACAUGCGCACCAUGCAGUCGUGUAAUAAGCAGCAUAGUAAAGGUAAUCAUGCAAUGUUUAGCCCUGUAUUAAAUGGUUCCAGUGUAUUAAUCAUGAUUAUGUCUCUCUUUCUUCACUAUGGAGCGUAUGGUUGCCUCCCGUUCUGCCCCCUCCUGACCAACGCUCAUGUUGUAAGCAGCUCAAGAUGCCUCUGAAGUUUUUUCCUUUAACUGAGCAGAUUCAGUGUUGUUGAGAAAACUGAAGAGGAGGAGGGUUUGAGGAGGCACACGGUAUGCCCGUCAACCACACCGCCUCCUCAUAACUCCCUCCAUCAUUUUGGCUCAUUCAUGGGGCGGGGUCACUCCUGUGGUGACAAGUCAAGCCAAGGGGAUUAAAAAUUUAAAUAAAUAAAAAAAAGAAGAAAAAAAUAAAUCACCAUGAACCAAACCUGCAGAAGUGCAGGUUGCCUUGUCAUGGAGGGACACCUCAGAGACACUCACGUGCAGGCCGAUGGGCUUUGUCCUCUCACUGGCCCGUAGUCGUCCAACAGAUGGGACAAAAUGGAUGUCGGGGCAUCCAGAAGGAGCCACGUUCAACAAACACAUGCUGUCUGGGUCAGUUUCUCAAUGACUACAGUAAGCGCUGAAGAAAAAGGGUACCUGUGUAUGUAUGUGUGUGUGCUGAUAAGUGGAAGACGAAUAAAUGAUUAUAUCUCUAAAUAUUUAAAGGCGAUGGCAUGAAGAAGGCGUAGCUGGCGUGUAGGACUGUGGUUGCACACGGGGAAAGCACAAGGCUCAUUUGGAGUCCUGAUGUACAGCAUUGUAAUUAUUUCAACAGAGUUCUACAGAAUGGAUUUUAGCCUAUAAUUAUCUUUCUUACUGUGCUUGGGGAUAGUCGUUCUCAUUAAUAUAAAAAUGAACAUUAUUAUUCUGAACCUGAUCCUCCCGUCCCAUCCCCCUCGUCCUUUCAGGGUACUGGACUAUACGAGUAUUCUGUAUUGCUGUGUAACAGUGUGUGUUUUGAUAUCACCAGUCACUUCUUAUCAUGCCCCCUGACUGUCGACCCCUGAGCUCCAGCGUCCUCCGAUCACUGAUUUGCGCCCCAUCCCCCGCCACACACACCCUUCCCACCACCUCCCUCACACACCUUUUUGUUUUACUGGGGUCGCCUCUUUGUUAUUGUACAGUUUUCAGAGCACAAAAUGAAUGUGUCUUAUUUCUAAUAAAAGCAUAUCUAUAUAAUAAA